AGAUAGAUAAAUAUAAUAUAGAAAAUUGUCACUACAAAAUUAAGGGCUUGUUUUUCAGUUGGUUCUCUCUAGGCACAAGCCAAAGAAGCAAAACCUAGAUCCAGAGCGAGCACUCACAAUUCUUGAGAUGAGACACUUACUGAGAUGGUUAAUUGCUGGCAGCACUGUUACUCAUUGCUGAAAUACUGUGUUCACCAAGCUGUACAGGGAAUACAUGCAAUCUGAGACAUAUGGAUAGAUGGGGGAGAAGAGGAAAAAAAAAAAAUCCAGGAUUGGUGGAAGCUAGCAUCAUUUGGCAUUGGCUAUCAUAAAACACCCUUACUGUGUGUCAUCCCUAUCUAUGCCUUACUUGUCUAAUAGGUCUACUUCAUUUCAGGUGCUAUAUAGUAAAUAAACCCCCCCCCUCUUCUCCUCCAAAGAAAAAAGGCAUCAGUGUAUAUUGUUCAUUUGGCUGAGGGUGGUAUCGUGCACUUUUUUAAAGCAUUCCAUGUGGCCUUAGGCUUUGAAAGAGGGGAGGUGCUUUAUUGUUUGACAGUUAAGGACACUUCCUUAGUGGAGACCAUCUUGAACGUUAUGCUUUCAGUUUCUUAGUACCUGUGCAUAUCAGUUUCUUAGUACCUGUGCAUAUCAAUGCUCACUACUCCGACCAAUAUGUGAACAUUUUCCAUGUAAAGGACACCAUGCAGAACAUCAACAACACAUACGAGUGCUCACUCCCUGACCAAUAUGUAAAAAUUCCAGGAUGGAUAGUUGUACUUAUGCCAGGUUUUGUUAAUGGCCAUGCAAACAAAAAUUCAAACUGUGGCACAUCAUUUCCCACUGAAGAGUUUUCAAAUGACUGCAAGUCAGAAUUGUUGAGCGCAAAUGAUGCUGCUGAUAAGAAAGUGGGUGAGCCUUUAGAUAUGAGGAGUGGACCAAGGCAUCGCCCUGUUACUCCUCUGCGGGUUUUAAGAGGUAUCUUAUGCUUGUUGGUGCUACUCUUAACAGCAUUUAUGGCCAUUGUUUACUGGGCUCCAAUUACGUGUGUUUUUUUGAGACUCUUCAGUGUACACUACAGUAGAAAAGCAACUUCUUUUCUAUUUGGCUUGUGGUUAGCUUUGUGGCCUUUUCUAUUUGAGAAGAUAAACAAGACCAAAGUGGUUUUUUCUGGAGAAACUGUUCCCUCAAAGGAACGUGUCUUGGUCAUUGCUAAUCAUAGAACAGAAGUAGACUGGAUGUAUUUAUGGGACCUUGCCUUGAGGAAAGAUUGUUUGGGUUAUAUAAAGUAUGUCCUCAAGAACAGUUUGAUUAAACUUCCAAUAUUUGGGUGGGGUUUCCAUAUUCUUGAGUUUAUUUCAGUGGAGAGGAAGUGGGAAAUUGAUGAACCAGUGAUGCACCGAAUGCUUUCGACAUUUCAAGAUCCUCGUGACCCCCUUUGGCUUGCUGUGUUCCCAGAAGGCACUGAUUUCACGGAACAGAAAUGCCUCCGAAGCCAACAGUUUGCAAGAGAUAAUGGACUGCCUGUCCUUAAGAAUGUACUCCUCCCAAAAACAAGAGGUUUCUGUUUGUGUUUGUCUACUCUUAGGAAUUCCCUGGAUGCAGUUUAUGAUGUAACUAUUGGUUAUAAGUACCGAUUGCCUCAGUUCAUAGACAAUGCGUUGGGUGUGGACCCUUCUGAGGUCCACAUCAAUGUUCGUCGGAUCCUACUAAGCGACAUCCCCUCAUCUCAAGAGGAAGCUUCCAACUGGUUGGUCGAGAGAUUUCAGCAAAAGGAUCAGUUGCUCUCAGAUUUUAGCUCCCAAGGCCACUUCCCCAAUGAAGGCACGGAGGGUGAUCUCUCAAUGUUCAAAUGCUUAGUAAAUGUUUUUGUGGUUCUUUCACUUAUUGCUAUUUGUACAUACCUUACUUUAUUCUCCUCUGUUUGGUUCAAAGUUUAUGUUGCACUGAGCUGUGCAUAUCUCGCUUCGGCAACGUACUUUGGCAUUUGGCCCUCCCCGAUUUUCGGUUCUCUUGGAGUUGGGUUGUCCACAAAGAAGUCGAAGCUGGUGUAAUGACAGUAAUUUUGAAUGACAAUAUUCAUCUUAAAGUUACUUUUU